GACGGGCAGCAGCAGAACCGGCCAGAAGGAGCGAGAAACAGCCCUGGAAACAACAUGCCUCUCAGGCUGGACAUCAAGCGCAAGCUCACGGCUCGGUCCGACCGUGUCAAAAGUGUGGACCUUCAUCCCACCGAGCCAUGGAUGAUGGCCAGUUUGUACAAUGGCAGCGUCUGUGUCUGGAACCAUGAAACACAAACCUUGGUUAAGACGUUUGAAGUAUGUGACCUGCCAGUGAGGGCCUCGAAGUUUGUUGCCAGGAAGAACUGGGUCAUCACUGGAGCGGAUGACAUGCAGAUUCGUGUUUUCAACUACAACACACUAGAGCGGGUCCACAUGUUUGAGGCCCACUCGGAUUACAUCCGCUGCAUUGCUGUGCACCCCACCCAGCCCUACAUCCUUACCAGCAGCGAUGACAUGCUGAUUAAGCUGUGGGACUGGGAGAAGAAGUGGUCGUGCAGUCAGGUGUUUGAGGGCCACACACACUACGUCAUGCAGAUUGUCAUCAACCCAAAAGACAACAACCAGUUUGCCAGUGCUUCUCUGGACAGGACCAUCAAGGUCUGGCAGCUGGGCUCAUCGUCUCCUAACUUCACCCUGGAGGGUCAUGAGAAAGGAGUGAACUGCAUUGAUUAUUACAGUGGAGGAGAUAAGCCUUAUCUUAUUUCAGGAGCUGAUGACAGGCUUGUAAAGAUUUGGGACUACCAGAAUAAGACGUGCGUGCAGACGUUGGAGGGUCAUGCCCAGAACGUGUCUUGUGUGAGCUUCCACCCAGAGCUGCCGAUCAUCGUCACAGGAUCUGAAGACGGCACAGUGCGUAUCUGGCAUUCCAGCACCUACCGCUUGGAGAGCACACUGAACUACGGCAUGGAGCGGGUGUGGUGUGUGUGUGGCCUGCGUGGCUCCAACAACGUGGCACUUGGUUACGAUGAGGGUAGCAUCAUAAUCAAGCUUGGACGUGAGGAGCCAGCCAUGUCUAUGGACACCAAUGGAAAGAUUAUCUGGGCUAAGCACUCUGAGGUCCAGCAGGCUAACCUGAAGGCCAUGGGGGAUGCUGAAAUUAAAGAUGGAGAGAGGCUGCCACUGGCUGUAAAAGACAUGGGCAGCUGUGAGAUCUACCCACAGACUAUUCAGCACAACCCUAACGGAAGGUUUGUAGUGGUUUGUGGGGAUGGAGAGUAUAUCAUCUACACAGCCAUGGCUCUGAGGAACAAAAGCUUCGGCUCAGCCCAGGAGUUUGUCUGGGCCCACGACUCCUCUGAGUAUGCAAUCAGAGAAAGCAACAGUGUUGUGAAAAUCUUCAAGAACUUCAAGGAGAAGAAGUCUUUCAAGCCAGACUUUGGAGCUGAGGGUAUCUAUGGCGGUUUCCUGCUGGGCGUCAGGUCUGUAAACGGUUUGGCCUUCUAUGACUGGGAGAACACAGAGCUGAUUCGCCGCAUUGAGAUUCAGCCCAAACACAUCUUCUGGUCAGACUCUGGAGAGCUGGUUUGUAUCGCCACUGAGGAGUCUUUCUUCAUCCUGCGCUAUCUGGCUGACAAAGUGGCUGCAUCACAGGAGUCCAACGAGGGGGUCACAGAGGAUGGUAUUGAGGAUGCUUUUGAGGUCCAAGGGGAGAUUCAGGAAAUUGUGAAGACUGGCUUGUGGGUGGGAGACUGCUUCAUCUACACUAGCUCUGUCAACAGGCUCAACUACUUUGUAGGAGGAGAGAUCGUCACUAUUGCUCAUCUGGACAGGACCAUGUACCUGCUGGGCUACAUCCCUAAAGAUGACCGACUCUACCUGGGAGACAAAGAGCUGAAUAUUGUCAGUUACUCGCUCCUGGUGUCUGUUUUGGAGUACCAGACGGCAGUGAUGCGGCGAGACUUUGGAAUGGCUGACAAAGUGCUUCCCACCAUUCCAAAAGAGCAGAGGACCAGGGUAGCUCACUUCCUGGAGAAACAGGGUUUCAAGCAGCAAGCACUUGCUGUAUCCACUGACCCAGAGCACAGAUUUGAGCUUGCACUGCAAUUAGGAGAACUGAAGAUUGCUUACCAGUUAGCAGUAGAAGCAGAGUCUGAGCAAAAGUGGAAGCAGUUGGCUGAGUUGGCCAUCAGUAAGUGCCAGUUUGGGCUGGCCCAGGAGUGCCUCCAUCAUGCCCAGGACUAUGGUGGUUUGCUGCUGCUGGCCACCGCCUCCGGUAAUGCUACUAUGGUGAGCAAAUUGGCCGAAGGCGCCGAACGUGACGGCAAAAACAACGUGGCCUUCAUGACUUACUUCCUGCAGGGCAAGUUGGACCAUUGUCUGGAGCUCUUGAUCCGGACCAAUCGCCUGCCUGAGGCCGCUUUCUUGGCUCGCACAUAUUUACCUAGCCAAGUGUCCAGAGUGGUGAAGCUUUGGAGAGAGAGCCUGGCUAAAGUGAACCAGAAGGCAGCCGAGUCACUAGCCGACCCCACCGAGUACGAGAACCUGUUCCCUGGCCUGAAGGAGGCAUUUGUGGCCGAGCACUACCUCCGUGAGACCUGCUUGGGCAAGACCAGACCAGCCACUGACUACCCGCUGGUCACGCCUAAUGAGGAGCGGAAUAUUCUGGAGGAAGCCAGCGGUUAUGAGCCCAAAGACGUUCCCCUCACCCCUGCACAGAAGGUUGAAGACACUCAGGAGGCUGCAGAAGAAGCUGGAGUAUUGGCCUCAGUCAUGGCUGCUGUUUCAGCACCUAUCGCAGCUGCUGUAGCCAGUGUGGCUCCUACAGAGCCUGAACCUACUAAGAAGCCAGAGGUGGCCACUACAACAGCAAGCACGUUGCAAGAUAAGACUCUGGAGGAACUAGAAGACGACUUGGACAACAUGGAGCUGGACGACAUCGACACCACAGACAUCAACCUGGACGACGACUUCUUAGACGACUGAACCCCAAAUACCGAAGCAUUACGUUUUAUUUAAGAGACCAAGCCCUUUUGUAUUUGUUCAUGUCGUUUGUCAUGCAAGUCCUCCAGAACUGAAGAUGUGGAAGGGAAUGUAUAUCUAACGAGGACUGAGGUGAACAUGGCUGUCGCCAUGGAUGAAAAGAUAUGGAGAAUUUUUGUCUUGUUGAGUUCAAAUUUUGUACUUCAUGUAGGACCUUCAACUUUUUUUUUCCUUCUUUCUUUCUUUCUUUCUUUCCCCUUUCAUCAAAGUGUAUAUUUACAUUCAUGUUUUUCUGACCAUGUUAAUCCAAUCAAUCUUAAUAAAUAUCAAUUUCAACUUCUGGUUGAGUUA